AUGCCUCAUUAUGACAGAAAUAGUCGAGAAUCUGGACCCGUCUUUCCAGGCGUUGUUAGUUCGGAGCAGUCUAGCUCGGAAUCGCGUACAUCUAUUGGCGAUACAUCUAGUGCAUCUACGACCACAAACACUGUUGUUCAGUCGGGAACGAGUAUGAUGCCAGCAUUGUCGACCGGGGAUAUUGUUACCAAUGUAGUCCAAGUAUUACAAGGUCAACUAACCAGCCUGGUACAGAAUGCCAUUGACGCCCUACUAUCUUCGUCGGCAAGUGGUAGUUCAGGCGCAAAUUGCGAGGUAUCGUCGCAGGCACAGCUCUCUACAGUCACAUCCCGUACAGCGUCCUUCGUGCAUAACCUUGCGACCAGUGCGGGGAAUUUUUCGACUUUGGGUUCAGCGCCAUUUCGAUCGUCGGCUACGAGUGAGGCAAGUACCGGUAUGCCACGUAUGGUGAGUUGUUUGGCGAAUUCAACAGGUAGGAUCAUUCCAAACUUUUUAAAUACAUUUACUGCUCCUAUCAGCUCAAGUGUGUGGUCUUCGGGAGGUGGUUAUAGUACCCCCGAGGUUGCCUUAGCGUCACAACCUUCAGUUGUGCCUUCGCUGCCAUCAGUAUUGGAUUUGGCUGGUUAUUCUAGCGCAGAACAAUUGUUACCCCAGUCUCUUCAUGGUCAUGGCCCUUCCCCGUUUAUCGUGGGUCCAGGUUACGCUCCCAUCUCCGCUAAAAUUGUUAAUGCCAUUGUGUCAGGGAAGCACAUUAAUCUUGGGGACCUACUCCCGGAAAAUGCGCUGGUUGUGGACGAUUUUAGCGAACCACAGUUAUUGUUAGACGGCCGUCUAGUGUUAACGGGUUCUGCGCGAAAGCCUCGGAAAGAAAUAACCGAUAUCUUGUCUUGGGUCGAAGCCUUCACAGUCUUCAGCGUGAUUGUCUGUUCGUACUUUCCGAACCGAUGGCGUGAUUUGUCAUCGUACAAGCUUUUAAUUUUGCGCACGUAUCGUCAGUUUGCUGGUUAUGCAUGGUGUGAUUACGAUAAAGCGUUUAGACAACACGCUGCUGCUACCAGGCUCUUGGACUGGUCGGAACUUAAUGUGCAGCUUUUUAAUUUCCACACGGCUGGUUCGGCCUAUAGAGGUCCCAACAGCCUUACUACAGCGUCUAGUAGUUCUUGUUCCGAGCCUAAUGGUAAUCGUAACCAUGACUGUUCGGUUAGCUACCUGCUUGGCAUGAAGUGGCGGGGAAAGUUUUAUGUGGACCUGGUAUUACCUUUUGGUUUACGUUCGGCACCGUUCAUUUUUAAUUCGAUAGCGGAUCUCGUAGAAUGGAUUCUGCGUAACAAUUACAUGAUACGGGACCUCUUGCAUUACCUCGACGAUUACAUAACCGCUGGCCCCCGUUGCCGUCCUGAUUGUGCACGGAAUUUAGUUGUCGCGUCCUCAGUGUGCCAGAGUUUAGGCCUACCAUUGCAUCCGGACAAAACCGUGGGUCCAACUACAUGCUUGAUCGUCCUGGGUAUUGAACCUGAUUCUGUGCUACAAACCGUGCAUCUUCCCGCCACCAAAUUACUAGCUCUCAAGGGUCUUUUCACCGAAUGGAGCGCGAGGAAGUGGUGUACACACGUACAAUUGGAAUCGCUGAUAGGCAAACUCCAUCAUGCUUGCCUUGUUGUUUGGCCCGGUCGUAUGUUUCUCCGUCGGAUGAUUAAUUUGCUGUGCGCGUUUCGGAGCCGUGAUCAUCCAAUCCGACUUAAUGUCGAAUUCCGUUUAGAUCUCCAGUGGUGGAUCGAGUUUCUAGACGAUUGGAACGGGACAAGUUUCACAUUGCUCCCAGGUCUCAUGCCCGUGGCGGACUUAUGUGUUACAUCCGAUGCUGCUGGCGCUAUCGGGUACGGUGCAUUAUAUCACCAACAAUGGUUCAGCCAUAAAUGGAUGCCCUCUCAAAUGCCAAUGUCGAUUGCCUACAAAGAGUUCUUUCCAGUCGUUAUUGCCGCUCAUCUCUGGGGUGAUCAGUGGGCCCACCGACGGGUUUGCUUCCGUUUGGACAACUCUUCCGUGGUCCACAUUUUAAAUGCGCGUACUUCUCGGGAUCACCACAUUAUGGGUUUAGUACGUUCGCUCCUUAGUGUAGCUGCCCGGUUUAACUUUACUUUCCAAGCCCAGCACAUCCCUGGUCUAGCUAACCCUGUGGCUGACACACUGUCUCGUUUUCGUUGGCAGGUGUUCCGACAACUACAAUCCUGGCAAAAAUUAUGUGGACACCUAACCUUUGUAAGGUUAAUAUUAACAUUGAGACGUUCUUUCAUGAAAUUUGUCGCCCCCUGCCCCCUAUUCAAUGUUGUUUCUCGCACUCAAAUUUUAAAGGUUUCAUUUACCAACAUUGAGUUGGGGGUAGGAGGGGGAGAAAUUUUCUGGCGGAUUAAUUAUGUAGAAAUAUAUCUAUUUUUGUUUGACGCACGCGCUGUCCACGAUAAUUUUUGCCAGGAUUGUCUGAAAUUAUCACAUAUUUCCAACUGCCUGAUUUCAUGAAUUUAAGGCUCGAUCCAAUGAUAAAAUAGGCUUGUUUGUUUAGCAAAAGGAGCAAACAAUUAGUAAAUCAGGUUAUAUUUAGUUUUUUACUUUCCGAUCUAUGUUAAGUGUCACCUAUCACAUUACAUGUCAAGUGGCCUUUUACGUAUUAUCAGGAUUUAUACAAUUACAACUUAGUCUGCAACUCUAAAAAUAGGUACGCAAGCGUACAUGUAUCUGCGAAAAAACUGGAUUCACAUUUUGUAUUUCCUUGAAAAGAACUGAAUAAUGAAGAUGACAUGGGACAAUUGAAAUAUUUCAUCACUUAUUAUUAUAAUAAAUAUAAUAGCAAAUAAGACUUUAGCGGAGGGCAGCAAGGACAACUGCCCCCCCCCCCCCGCCGCCGAGAAAAUGUAACUAAUUUUAUAUAAAUGUGAUUAUGAUUGUAACAUAAUUAUGCAGUCAAGAAAUAAAAAUGUCAUGCAAACAAUAUUUGAAGUGUCUAUACAGCCAACAGCCGGCUAUUUAGUAAACUGUCACUUGUCAAACCAUGAAGUUUCAAAACUUUAUUGUAAUCAUAUGAAGCAAAAGUUCUGUCACUUGUUGUUUACACUUGCCAAUGUUAGGGGUGCACUGGAACUCGGUUCCGGUCGGAACCCUGAUUUGUGAGAGUUCCGGUUCCGGCCUGAACUAAUAAAAAACCAUGGCCGGAACCGGAACUUUGUCCUUUUCAGAGAGAUAGAAUAUCAAGUUUAUUGCUGCGGAGCGAGCGAGCCUGAAGCGAGCGAGCGUAGCAGCAACCUAAUAUGUGCAGAGGGGGGGGUUGAACUAAAUUUUAUUCCGCGUAUGGAAUUGUGGUCGUGCGCACUUUCUAUGCGCAGAACACAAAUUUUAAACUCGCUCCAAUUUUAUCGAAUUUCUAAAGCUUUUUCAAGUCUAAUGUUACGCUUACAUUUGUUUUGGACUUUGGCCACUGUCAGUUCUAUAUUUUUAUAAAGUUUUGGUUUCUUAGUGUGAUAAAUCUGUGUAUAUAGUCUAUAUAAUGUGAUAAAUGCGCCUGGCAGUAAACAGACUUAGUAUGAAAUCUGAUCUUAAUUUACCUGCAUGCCAAUGAGACGCACAUGUUUAAUAUCUGUCACCUCUGAUUGCCCUUUAACCCCGGCUUCUUCUCAGUUCCAUUCACAGCUCACUAGUCGCUGCGAGUAAUCACUGUGCUAAUGUGAUUGAUAUAAUUUGUGCUGUUUACUAUAGUUCUAUAUGCUUUUAAUGCAAUCCCUACAUUGCAGGUACCCUAGUUUUUUGAAUAGCAUAGGACGAAAUUUGGACUACACAAGAUAAAUGUACACUAUUAAUACUUUAUUAUGACGUUUAAGUGAAUAUUUUUAUUCUAAGACUUCUAACAUUUGCAUGCUCUCUCCUUGUAUCCUGAUUAAACUGCGCUUUAAAACGUUCGACAUAAAAAUACUAUCAAAAUGAAGAGAGACGAAUCUACUGGUAUGCGGCCGAAAAAGAGAAAACCAACGAUACCAAAGUUAUCAAGGAUCAAACGUACUGCAUUAUUUAGCGAAUUUUAUUAAUUAACGAACUGCAUUAUUUUAUUGAAUAAUUUUAAGCGAUUUGUCAACAAUAGUCAAUACGAUUUCGCUUGGCUUUCAAAGACAAAGGCCACAAUUUCCAUAAAUCGCUAGAAUACUGUUGUUUAGUAAAAAUUUGACAUCCGUAAGUACAAUUUCUUACGCUGAAUCGAACGGUGGUAUUUUUAUCCGUAUUGUGCCAUUAGGCAUUACAAAUACAAAGACAAACGUACUGCGAGUGAUUUGUCUGUCUGUCAGCAAAUAUCCCAUAUACGUAUACUGCGAGCGAUUUGUCAACAAUACAAUUUCGCUUGAUUUUCAAAGGCCAUAAAUCGCUAGAACACUGUUGUUUAGUAAUACAUUUGACAUCCGUAAAUGCAAUUUCUUACGCUGAAUCGAACGGUGGUUUAUUUAUCCUUAUUGUGCCAUUAUACAUUAGGUGUCAUCAUUGUCAUUAGACAUUACAAUAUCAUAUUUCACACUACAGUUUUCACAUUCCACAGCUAACUAUUAGGGGCUGUUGCUGCAUAAAUUUUAUAUUGAUAUGACACCAAUAUGCUUCUCAUAAAGUAGUUAUCUAUUAAAACUACGUUGUGUAGUUUAGGUUAUAACCUUUUACCUUGCAAUUGUCUUUGGCUCGUUUAUAAUCAGAUUCAGUAUAUUUAAUAUGAUCGUGCACGCGCUAAUUCAAAGAUCCAAAUUUCGGAUUUUCAGAGUCGUGUACCAAGAAAAAUGCAUUAACUAAACUAGCAAAAAUGCCCAGAGUUAGACACAAUGCAAAAUCCAUAGAAAACCGGUACAAUUCGUUGAAAAUUUUAACGAAAUUGUUUGAAACAUUUUGCCCACUCACGAAAGCCCGCCAUCUUGAAAAGGAUAAAUUGGGUUUAUUACACGAUGUAAACAAUCGAUGUAAACUAAUCGCUGAUUGGCUUAAAUAUAUCAUGAAUUGGCUCAAUUAUAUAAGCUCUUCGCUGAAUGGCUAUGUGUUAACAUACGGUACGUUUGCGAUGGCAAUAUAUCUGCUUCGCAGAUACAAAAAGAAAUAUAUUCGUUUUACAAAUUAUUGAACAUUGUGGAGAAUGACGAUGUCUUACAGUACUUAGUCAGACAGUGCAGAAUGUUCAGCCAAAAAAUGCGAGGUUUGUUUACCUCAUAAGUUAGAGCCAAACAGAUCUAUCUUUAGUUCCUGAGCGUGAAACAUUUGCAUCAUUGGUAAUAUACAUGCAUUUCAUAAUGCAGAUCCUUUGUUAGCCUGCAACAUUUUGCAAUGGGUUUGCAGCAUGGAGCAUCAUAUUCCAGCCCGUGUAUUCAUACAAUAUAACUGUAUAAAACUGUACAAAUGUGUAAGUAAUGUUAUUUUGAAAGUGUAGUAAAUUGAUACAGUACACGGCUAUGUAGCGUAACCAAAUUCACACUAAAUAUAAUAGACUAUAUAGGGUUAUUUUACUGUAUACGCAUCUGAAGCGCUCACUAUUUUCAGAUUUUUUGUAACAAGUGCAACCCAACAGCGACUGUAGAGCGCCUUUAAUCUAACAGUGACAUGACACGGUACACGGCUGUGUAUCGUAUAGUAAAGAAUACACAGCUUAAAUAUUUUAAUCACCACACUACACAGCCGUGUACCAUGUGACGUCACUGUUAGAUUAAACGCGCUCUACAGUCGCCGUUGGGAUGCGUUUGUUAUAAAAAAUCUGAAAAUAGUGAGCGCUUCGGAUGCGUAUACACAAAAAUAUAUUUAGUGAGAAUUUGGUUCCGCACUUAAAGUACUUUUGUUGAAAACUCGUCUUACUGCGUCUGCAUAAUUAGUUCAGCAAAGCGUAUAUCAUGCCCAAAAGCCGCUCACCCACAAAAUUAUAAAUAUGCUUUAAAAACAAUUAAACCAGUUUAAACAAUCUGUUUGUUAUCCUAAAACAAUGGCAGCAUCAAAAAUUUAUAGUAAAAAGCCUGUUUUGGGUGAAAAUUAUGGAUAUUUUUUUAGGUCAUUUUCAGACAAUCCUGGCAAAAAUUAUGUGGACACCUCACUUUCCUACGCCAAUAUUAACAUUGAGACGUUCCGUUUCGUGAAAUUUGUCACCCCUGCCCCCUAUUCAAUGUUGUUUCUCGCACUCAAAUUUUAAAAGUUUCAUUUACCAACAUUGAGUUGGGGGUAGGAGGGGGAGAAAUUUUCUGGCGGAUUAAUUAUGUAGAAAUAUAUCUAUUUUUGUUUGACGCAGGCGCUGUCCACGAUAUAAUUUUUGCCAGGAUUGUAGCUCCGGACUCCUCAGCAAUGCCCACGCCUAUUCCAGAAGAGAUCCUGCAGCGGCUGGCUCCCACCAAUUAGAGGCCCAGUGCCAACGUUACCUACAACAGGGUUUAGCGUCGUCAACCCAAAGGACCUAUUCGUCAGCCCAACGCACCUUCUUACGUUUUUGUGAAGGAGCUAAUCUAAUGAACUCGCAUGGUUCUCCUUUGCCUGCUGAAGAAUGGACCCUGUGCCUGUUUGCGACAUGGCUGGCCGACGAUUUAAAAGCAGCGUCGAUUAAAGUGUGUUUGUCUGCCGUUUGAGCUCUUCACAUAAACAGGGUUUUCCAGAUCCGUUGAGUGGUUGCUUACAUCUACAACGAGUUUUAAAGGGCAUUAAAUGCUGCCAAGGUUUUUCCUCUGACAAGAGACUCCCAGUCACCCCGGCAAUCCUCCAUGCUAUCUACAGUCAUCUCGAUCUCUCACAGUAUGACGUUAUGUUUUGGGCGGCCUGCUGUCUAGCCUAUUUCGGGUUCUUACGUUCAUGCGAAUUUACUGUCCCGAAUGGUGCCACGUUCUCGCAAGCCUUACAUCUCUCCGUCCACGACAUCGCUGCUGACCAACGGGUGGCUCCUUCUAGGAUCCAAGUGAACAUUAAAGUGUCCAAAACUGAUCCUUUCCGUCAAGGUUGUAUCCUCACGUUGGGACAAGGCCGCUCCCCUUUGUGCCCGGUGGAAGCGAUGCUGAAUUUCCUGGAACUACGGGGCGGCUCGGCUGGUCCAUUGUUCAUUAGGUCAAAUGGUGUUCCUUUGACUAGGACCUAUUUAUCGGAACGGUUACCUCGGUUGCUAAGCGACGCGGGAAUUCCUGGCAAUUUUAGCAGUCACAGUUUUCGCAUUGGUGCUGCCACGUCCGCCGCUUUGGCAGGUGUUCCCAAUCACCUGAUCCAAACAUUAGGACGGUGGUCCAGCUCCGCGUACUUGACAUACAUUCGGACACCACGUAGCUUGUUAUCCAAUUUAACGAAGAGUUUAUGUUAA